UGAAAAGAGACAUUGUUUCUUUAAGAUUGCCCUUGCAGUCAUCAGUGGGUCUGUCCAUUGUUGGAAGAGAAAGCGAGUUGAGGUUGAUAUACGGGGGCCGGAGAGCAGUUGCGCAUAUCAUCAGCGGACCAGCUGCAGAGCAGGCAGCAAACAGUAGACGAAAGGUCCUCGAACGCAUCAUCCAGACAUGGGUUGCUAUGAUUGCUGUAUGCGUUGUUUGGGCGGGGUGCCAUACUGCUCCCUGGUCGCUACACUGCUAUGUUUCUCUGGCAUUGCCCUCUUCUGCGGUUGUGGGCACCAGGCACUCACCGAGUCGGAAAGACUCAUCGAGACGUACUUUGCUCGUAACAUGCAGGACUACAUCACCCUCGCCUACAUCAUCCAAUAUUUCCAGUAUUUCAUCUAUGGUUUGGCCUCCUUUUUCUUCCUCUACUGCAUCGUGCUGUUGGCGGAGGGUUUCUACACCACAAGUGCUGCCAGGCAAACCUUUGGAGAGUUCAGGAGCACUAUGUGUGGCCGCUGCCUCAGCUCCUCGUUUAUAGUAAUGACUUACGUACUAGCCGUGCUGUGGCUGCUGGUGUUCGCCUUCUCGGCCCUGCCUGUCUACUUCUUCUACAAUAUGGAUGCCACCUGCCACACCAUUGAUGUUCUGACUGAGACCCCAGCGAGUAUAAACCAGCUCUGUGUUGAUGCAAGGCAAUACGGUCUACUGCCAUGGAACGCAGUGCCAGGGAAAGCUUGUGGUAUGACUCUCUCCAAUGUUUGCAAAACCAGAGAAUACCAGAUGACCUAUGACCUCUACAUUGCUGCCUUCGCUGGUGCUGGCAUCACUCUCUUGGCUCUGCUAACCUAUACUGUCUCGACCACCUAUAACUUUGCGGUUCUUCAGUAUCUGGGGAGAAAAGGCAUGGGUGCACGGUGUUAGGCUCACCAGCUCUUUCACUACCUCAAUAUCAACAUGGGGAUGUAAAGGGACGGCAACAAUUCUCUCCUUCUCAUCAUCUGCACAGAACCACCUGUGGUCACGGACUCUUGAAAUGUUUUUAUAUUUUUACUUUUCUUGUUGGGAAUAAUGUAAUUUUUUUUCUAUGCUUGUAUGUUUUUCUACUGCCUUAAUGCAGUACAUCUUAUUUCAGUAUGUCCUAUGCCAUGUUACCAAAAUAUUUGUAAAUUAUUGCUCUUUUUUUUCUUGCUGAGAAUAGAAUUAAUUCCUGCUUCCAGUUGCUCUCAAAAUAGAAAUAACACAUCACUAAUAAAUUAACAUGUGUAAGGAUAACCACCAAUUUGCGACACAUGUGCUGCGAGAAUGCAGCUGUUGCACAGAAUAGGGAUUAUGUUACCAUGACUACUAUCCUUCACAUCUGGUUGCCAUGGUGGCAGACAAGCAUGCAUUUGCAGUCUCACGCUGACCUCAGGACUUUUCUCACGGGCUGGAGAAAAGCCUCAACAAUGAAGUCAUGGCCGUUAUGAAAGCCAACCAAUAAGGAGCCAGUUGUGGGGGCCAUCUGCGCUCCGAUUCUCUGCCAAGGGUUAUAUUACAUGUCAAGGGAGAGGGUCCAGCAAACAAUGAGAGGGUUAGACCUCUCUGAAGCCUAAAUGCAGCCCAUCUGACACACACACACACACACACACACACACACACACACACUGCAUGACCCCCACCUCCCUCCAAAUAAUUGAAGUGAUGGAUUCAAAGUGAAGGAAUUUUAGAUUAUUUGGAGUGUUCCUUUUGGACAAAGGGACAUACUUGUUUGGUUCUGAUCUAGAAAGGUCAUACAUUGUUUCUCAUCGUUUUGAGAUUAGAUUGCAAAAGCACUUGGUGAUAAUUUAUCAAGUGACUUGGUAUUAUUUGACCUAAAGCACAUUGU